AUGGGGAAAGCUGCCACUCCAAAUCCGGAUUUCUCAUCUUGGCACUCAAUUGCACGUGAAUUUGAUUUACUGAAUCAACUCCAUCAUAUUGAGAAAGGAGAUCUUUCCCUUAGCAAAUAUCUCAAAGAUUUUAAGUCCAUAUGUGAUCAAUUAGUUGCGAUUAGGAAGCCUGUUUCAGAAGUCAAUAAGGUCUUCUGGCUGCUUGAGGGUCUCGUAGACAAGUAUGAGUCCUUCAAGAUCCCCACACUCCGUCCACCGAUUCCCAACUAUGAUGAUGCUGUCUCACAGCUCAAGGGCUAUGAGCUGCGCAACAAAUAUCUCCUCCGAGCUACCCCCUCUCACUCUGUGGUUUUUGCUGCCCAAGCUCUAGGAGAUUUUCGCAAUUCCAACAGGGGCCAAGGUGCUCCUCGAGGGAAAGGAUCCUCAAACCGUGGUGGCUAUUCUCACCAAUCAAAUCAGCAGAAUAACCAUUGUGGCUUGAGUCACUCUGGUUCAUACAAACCUGGUGUUCCGACAUGUCAAAUCUGCAAGCGUCCAGGACACACUGCCCUAAAGUGCUAUGAUCGCUUCAAUAACAACUAUCAGGCCACUGAUAUCCCUCAAGCCUUGGUUGUGCUUCAUGUCACAGACCCCACUGAUGAGGACUGGCAUCCUGACACCGGCGCAAAUGUCCCUGUUACAAACGACCCAGGACUCGAAGACACACCGAGUUCUGGUCAUGAGAAAUAAAGAUCAGGGCCUCUACACUGACAGAAGCACUGGAUGGGCUGCCUUCUUCUCUAGCAGGAAUAAAUCUACCUCCAUGGACGUGCGGCAUCAGCGCUCGGGGAACUCUCAUGACCGCAUUCUACACCAUCUGUGGAAGCAAGGCCAAAUUUCUAUUUUAUAAUAGAACUAGUCCCCAUCUAUGUGAAAGAUGCCAGCUUAGUAAAAGUUCGAAACUGUCGUUCUCUCGCAGUAAUUCAAUGAGCUCUUUCCUAUUGCAAAAAAUACAUUGUGACCUAUGGGGACCUGCCCCUAUUUCAUCUAUUCAAGGUUUCUGUUACU